AUGGCGGGGACUGGCGAGCCGGGGACGCGGGCGACAAACUCGGCAGCGGCAGAAGACGGUCAGGAGCCAGCUCAGCACGCCGCCACCCGCACAGCCGGCCGCCGCAGCUGCGGGCUGGGCUGGGCCGAGAGGCUGCCGCCGCUUCCCCACCUCCCGGGCCGCCGGCCGCGCCGCAACGUCAGCGCCGGGCCCCGGCCCCGCCCCGCGGCCCCGACCCGCGCGGUGGUGCGGCAGAGGCGCGGGGGCCGCCGGUGCCGCUCCGCCCCGGCCCGCGCACACCCGCGCACACCCGCGCACACCCGCGGGGAGCGCGCGCGCGGCCUCUGCAGAGGGCUGGGCGGGACUCCCGCACGACCCCGCCUCGUUGGCCUUGGGGGGAGCGCCACGCCCUCGGCCGCGUCCGAAAUCCCCGCUCGGUGCCCGCGGGCCAAUCCCCAAGGGUGCUCCUGCUUAGAUACUUCGGCUCCGGCAACCCCCACCCCCGAAAUGCCCCGCUCCAGCCAAUGCCCAAGUGCAAUCCUGGCGGCGGGUCCUGCCCCGCUGCCCCGCCACGUGAUGGCCCCCGCAUGGGCGACCUGGAAGCUGCUGCUGAGCCGCCCUCGGCACCGCCCACUGCCUCACCCCGGCGCGGGAGGGGACCCGGCUGCAGCCACGGCGAGGCGAGGGCGAGAGUGGCCCCCAACUGAGGAUGAUGACAACACUGUGAGACACCAAAAGAGGUCCCGGACUACGUUUAACUUGGAGCAGGUACAAGAACUGGAGAAAGUGUUUGCAAAACAGCACAGUGUGGUGGGGAAGAAGAGGGCCCAACUGGCAGCCCGGCUCAACCUUACCGAGAACCAGGUGAGGGUGUGGUUCCAAAACCGCAGGGUCAAGUACUACAAAGAGCUAAAGCUGCAAGCCAUCCCCGCCUGCCUGGAUGAGCCCUCGAGCAGCUCUGAUGCCACUGUGCAGAGUGAAGACAUCCAGGCAGGAGUUGACAACUGA